UUCUGUACAGGCCCUUUGACCGCCAGAAGUUCCAUCCUGUCAGGUAAUGUGGAAUUUUGACGUAGUAUGUUUAAAGCAACAGAUUAAGUAUUAACUCUGGAUGCAUUGUAGAUUUUCUUCCGAUUUUUCUAAAGAUGCCAUUUGUGACGUUACCGUUACCACCUCGGGUGCAUACGAAUACUACGUUGAAUAUGAUUCUUUUGAACAUCCCGACUCCGACUCAAAACCAGUAAAGAAGAGAUCGGAAAGAUCUGGCUACUUUGUUGUCGAGCCUCGCCUUUGGGUACAACCUCACGCUAGAGUCGUUGAUACCAGCAAUGCUCAGAAGACUUCAGAAAAAGCUGAAAAGGUCCUAUUGCCUUUGGAUGGCCUGGUGAUUGAAUCAGCUGUUGGAAAGUGGUUAGGAAAGAUCAGCAAGUGGGAUGCACAUCUGGAGAGUAUGAAGGAAGCUGGUUACAAUAUGAUCCAUUUUGUACCUUUGCAAGUUCGCGGUGCUUCCAAUUCACCUUACUCCAUCCAUGAUCAAACCGCCUUUUCAGACGAUCUGUUCGAUGAAAGCCAAAUCAAGUUGUCUCGUGAAGAAAAGUCGGAGCUUGUCAAGAAGCAGCUUUUGCGCAUUCAAGACCAAUAUGAUAUGAUGUGUUUGAGUGAUGUUGUUUGGAAUCACACAAGCUUUGACUCUAUUUGGCUCCAAGAUCAUCCUGAAUCAGGAUACAACCUCGACAACUCACCUCAUUUGGUGGCUGCCUUUGACCUUGAUACCGCUCUAUUGGAUCUUGUGAACGAUUUUCCAAAAUACUCUCUGCCCACUGUUCUUAAAUCCAGUGAAGAUUUGGAUGCUGUUAUGGAAGUCAUUAAGAAUAAUGUCUUUCCAGCUUUGAAGUUGUGGGAGUACAAGGUUAUUGACGUGACAGCCGAGAAGAAAAAGUUGGUUGAAGCUCUUUCGGGCCCCAAGAAACCUGACUCUGUAUACAACGCAUUUGAGAACACCAAGAUCGCCGAUUUGAGCCUUCGUGAACGAGCCGUUUUACUUGCUGAGCAUGGUAUUGGUUGUAGUCAAUCAGGUCAACGUUAUGGCACAACCGUUGAGCUUGCUGUUGCUGUUGCUUUCAUCAAGAACUUGGGAGGCGUUUCUCCCGAUGCUGAGGUAUCAGAGAGCGAGGCUCACAACUUGGCUGAAGAGUAUAGCAAGGUUCUAGACGAAUACAAUCUACCACUUUACAAGGAAUACGAUGAAGACGUACGUGUUGCUUUGGAGAACACCAGAAAUCGUAUUGAAUAUACACGCCUUGCUGACCAUGGUCCAAAAUGGGGAGAAGUGACCAAGAGCAAACCGCUUGUAGAUGCUUACUUCACAAGAUUGCCAGAAAAUGAAAAGACCAAAGGCCACUCCAAGGGCAGCAUGGCCCUAGCGAACAAUGGAUGGAUUUGGAACGCUGAUCCUAUGCAAGACUUUGCUGGACCGCAAUCAUCUGCUUAUCUGCGCCGCGAAGUCAUCUGCUGGGGAGACUGUGUCAAGUUGCGUUAUGGUUCAGGUCCAGAAGAUAGCCCUUAUCUCUGGAAACACAUGAAAGAAUAUACCGAACAUACUGCCAAGUUGUUCCAAGGUAUUCGAAUCGACAACUGUCAUUCCACCCCAAUUCAUGUAGCAGAAUACUUGUUGGACGCAGCCAGACGUAUCCAACCCGAUUUGUACGUUGUUGCUGAGCUAUUCACUGGAUCGGAGGAUACCGAUAUCACGUUUGUGUCCAAGCUUGGUAUCAACUCUCUCAUUCGCGAGGCUAUGCAAGCAUGGGACCCUGCGGAACUCUCACGUUUAGUACAUCGCCACGGUGGAAAGCCUAUUGGAAGUAUGGAUCAAGCUCUUACUACCGAACAAACCACUUAUACUAGAGAUGGCAAAACCGAAGAACCCGCCCUUCUGGUCCCUAUUCUUCACGGCAGCAUUCCCCAUGCAUUGUUCAUGGAUUGCACUCACGACAACGAGACACCCAACGAAAAACGUCAAGCGAAGGAUACCCUUCCCAAUGCAGCUUUGGUCGCCUUUUCUGGUAGUGCCAUCGGUAGUGUCAAGGGAUACGAUGAAGUCUACCCACGACUUUUGGACAUUGUCAACGAAACUCGUCUGUACGAUCAGCCCAAAAAGGACGCCAAUAUCGGUAUCACAAAGGUCAAGCCUAUUCUUCAGAAACUGCACACGGAAAUGGUCUUGGAUGGAUACAUAGAAUGCCAUGUUCAUCAUGAAGGCGAUUACAUCAUUGUUCAUCGACAACAUCCCGAGCUUCAUACUGGUUAUCUCCUUAUUGCUCACACUGCAUUUGCUGGACGCGAUAGCAAGCGUGGAAGCGUAGCUCCUGUCAAGCUCAGAGGUACUGAUGUUGAUUUGUUGUUCUCAGCCACUUUGACCAUCGAUUCACAAGAUGAUCGUAGCGAUGAAACAACACUGCGUGGUUUGAGCAGUAAGAUUGAGUCUUUGAGCGCUCCUAAUAUCCGUGGCUUAAUGGACAACAAGGGUCGCUACACUGAAAUCGUAGUCCCCAGCGUCUUCCCGUCUGGAUCUGUUAUGGUUCUCAAGACGUGGAUCCAAGAUAAUCCAGCCGAGUCCUAUGAUCUCAUCUCAAGCUGCAGCGAUAGCGUUUUUAGCAAUCUCUCACUAUUGGAUAUGAACAUUGUUCUUCAUCGAUGUGAGGGCGAGGAGAGAGAUGCGACUGGUGAAGGUGUCUACAAUAUUCCUGGCCAUGGCAGCUUACCCUAUGCUGGUCUCGAAGGAUUUGUCUCUGUUCUCAAGCCUAUCAUCAGAGAGAACAACUUGGGUCAUCCAUUCUGUGCACAUCUUCGCGACGGUACCUGGGCAAUGGAUUACAUUGUUGAUCGCUUGAACAGAUAUCUUAGCGAUUACCCUAACCUCAAGUCACUGAGAGAAUGGUUCUCUACACGAUUUAGUGUUGUCAAAGGAUUGCCUGACUUUUUGGUUCCCAAGUACUUUGCUCUCAUUAUCCGCGCAGCCUAUCUUAAGGCUCGUGCCCAUGCGCUCUCUCUCAUGUCUCCUCUCGUACGUGAUGGUGAUCGCUUCACUCAAUCAUUGGCAUUGUGCUCUGUCCAAAUGUACGGUAUUGUACCUUCAUCUGGUCUGCACCCAACCGAGGUGACUCCCUCCAUGGCCGCCGGUCUACCCCACUUUACACAUUCAUACAUGCGCACGUGGGGUCGUGAUGUUUUCAUCUCGUUGCGUGGAUUGUUUUUGACAACUGGUAACUACGAUGCCGCCAAACGUCAUAUCCUUUCUUUUGCCAGCUCACUCAAGCAUGGAUUGAUACCCAACUUGCUUGACGCCGUACGUCAUCCCCGUUACAACUCUCGUGAUUCUGUAUGGUGGUUUAUGCAAGCUAUUCAAGAUUACUACUACAUGGCACCCGAUGGUCCAUCAAUCUUGAAUGAGAAGGUGCUAAGACGAUUCCCCAAGGACGAUACCUUUGUGACGCCAGAGGAAGGCUUUACCUACAGCAGCACCGUGCUUGAGAUCAUGCACGAAGUGUUUGAACGACAUGCCGCCGGACUUCACUUCAGAGAACACAAUGCCGGUCCACAGUUGGACAGUCAAAUGACCGACGAAGGCUUCAACAUUGACAUUGAAGUUGAUUGGGAUACUGGUGUUAUCGUAGGCGGUAACCGUCUCAACUGCGGUACUUGGCAAGACAAGAUGGGAGAGAGUUCUAAGGCUGGCAACAAAGGACUGCCUGCAACUCCUCGUGAUGGUGCGCCAAUUGAGAUCACUGGUUUAUCCAAGAGUGCCCUUCGUUGGAUUCUAGAGCUUCAGGAGCGUGGAGAAUUCAAAUGGAAGGGUGUUAAGGAUCAAGAUGGUAAAGAACGAUCUUACAAGGAAUGGAACGAUCUCCUUCAGAAGAACUUUGAGCGUGUAUACUAUGUUCCAGCUGAUAAGAGCGAAGACUCUGAGUACGAAGUCAUUAGUGAAAUCAUCAACCGUCGUGGAAUCUAUAAAGACGUGUUCCGAUCCAAGGAACCCUACACCGACUACCAAUUCCGGUCCAACUUCCCUGUGGCCAUGGUGGUGGCUCCUGAGCUGUUCACUCCAUCCAAAGCCAUGGGAGCAUUGAAUCUCGGACGAAAGCAUUUGUUAGGACCUCUGGGUAUGCGAACAUUGGAUCCAAGUGAUAAUGAAUAUCACCCGGAUUACCACAACAGCGACGACUCCACCAACAAGGCUGUAGCCAAGGGUUGGAACUACCAUCAGGGCCCUGAAUGGGUUUGGCAAACGGGUUAUUUCUUGCGGGCCUAUUUGAGCUUUUAUCUUCAAACUGAUAAAAAGCAAGAAACCCUGAGAGAAGGUGUUCUCACUAUCCAGCGUAUCUUGUUGGCACAUAAGAACGAGAUCCAGUCCAACCCCUGGGCUGGUCUCCCAGAACUCACCAAUAGAAAUGGCAGCCCUUGUUGGGAUGCAUGCCCUACUCAAGCAUGGUCAGCGGCGACGUUAUUGGACGUUGUGAACUAUAGCACUGAUCUUGUAAAGGAAUCCUAGUUUAAGCACUGUUUUUUUUUUGUUAUUUGUAUCUUCCGUUCGACGUCUGUAAUAAAUGCAUUAUCUGUCAUAGCCAUCAAUUUGACAGCAGUCCGAGCCAGCCAGCU